AUGCGUCGACUGGCUGGACUGUCGAAGGAGGACCUGCUGAAGAAAGUUGAGGCACUCGAGGAACAGUUGGCAGCCACAGAAACGGGGCGGCACGAUCAGGGUUGGGAAGAGCCUUCAUUGGCAAGGCGUCAGUCUACCUUUUCCGCCGAAGCCGAUCGAGAUGUGCCACAGUCACUUUUGACAGACACACCAAGUGACCGAAGGACAGAGAGAGAUACGGAAUUCCCUUCAGUAUUCUCCCCUACUCCUCCAGGACCGGUGUCGCUAUGCCCGUCUCUGGAAACAGCAGAGGCCCCGCGCCAUCUUCCAUAUCAGGCACAAGGCACACCAAAUGAGAUAUCUCGCUCAUCAACAUAUGUCACCGAAGAAGAAGGGCUCCCGCUACUGGAGACAUAUUUGGAGAGCCUUCAUAGGAGGAUACCUUUUUGCGAUUACACAGAACUCCUUACGACUCUUAAGACCCAGCCAUCUCUGCCUGCUUCUGGCAUGGGACUGUAUCGUCUCUACAUGGCGUGCACAAUUGGUGCCACAAUCAAAGCACUCACGGGCACUUCUCGAUCUUUGAAUCCCGACAGAUACCUGCAGAGAGCUUUGAAGUUGAAGGAAACCUUAGACGAAAGCGAUCUGAUUGAGCAAACGGAAGCUGUGUUUUGGAUGGUUCUGUACAAGCUUCGAUUUUCCUUCUCAUCAAGCGUGUGGUAUCUCAUCGGCCUCGCUGUGAGGACUGCUGUGGAUGCCGACCUUCACCGUGAGUACCACUAUCAAGAGCUUAGUCCACCGGAAGCAGAACGACAACGUCGGUUGUUCUGGUCAGUUUACACAAUCGAGAGAAACAUUUGCUGGUCACUGCAACGACCGUUCAGCUUAUCCGACCAAGAUAUCGAUGCUCAGACACCUUCAAUGGGCAGCAUCUUUGAAUGCAUCCAAGCUUGCAGCGGGCAACAUGAACAGUGUCCUCAUUUAGGCGGUGACGAUGGCCCAACGAGGCCGUUGGACCUCAGAGUGUUUAUUGCUAGUAUCGAGCUUGCACGAUUCAAAUCAAAAUCUCACAGCGAGCUGUUUCGGGUGGACCAACCAAUCGCACACAGUCAGCACCUUCCAGCGCUUCUGCAAAGAAUACACGAAUUUGAGGCAUCACUACCGGAAUGCAACGGUCAGGAUCGAGAAUUUCUACAACUGCAUGUCCAAAACGCAAUUAGAGUUCUCAUCGAACCCUAUUUGUACAAGAUGGACCCCUCAGAUCCCAUGUUACAGACAUGCUUGGAAGCUUGUGGAGGGCUUUGCCAGAUUUUCAAAAGAAUGAGACAAGGGAGAGAGCUCGGGUACUCUUUCACCAUGGUAAACUCUGUCUUUGUGGCUGGGACAACUAUAUGUUUCAUUGUGUUCAGAAACCCGAACCUAUGGACGCCAGCCACUGCCAAUAACCUGCGGGCGUGCUCAUCAACACUCUUCGCCGCCGCUGAGAGGAACAAUUCACUGAAGAAGUAUUGUGACGUCCUGGAGACUAUCAUCGAGACAGUUAUGGAUCACGUCGCCCAGGCUACCAGCCCACAUGCGACAGCCGACGACGCGGCAACCUCAUCUCUCAAAGGCGCAAGUACACAGGCGGCCUUUGAUAAACUGAAGCGUACAUUCAAGGAGAUGAAGUUUGAAUUCCCAUCGCAUUCAUACCCCCGCUAUGCAGUCGGGUCGACCAAUGUACAGAUGGGCGCAUUGGCAUCCCCGCGGUCAGCGAUUGAGCAUUCCGAGGAAUUACUUAGCCGUGAGACCCCCGGUAUUGCACAGUGGACCUCACCCGGCAUGAUGAAUGAACCCCAGGAUGUUGCUUCCAUGGGUUUUCUCUUCUACGGAGAGGGCCUUGGACAGCCUGGUUUCGACCAUAUACUCAUGCCUUAG